CUGCCUCCGGCCACUGCCGUCUCUCCCAUUCCCCCCAACCCCACCACCACCGCGAAACAACAAGACGAAAAUCACACGCGGACGCGGCCCGGUCACUCACUCACACGCCGCGGGACGAGACGAAACGGUAAAGAAUCCGGCAGCAGCAAGCAGGAGAGCGCGAGCUCGGCGUCCCCGCUCCGCUCCACACGCAUUGCCCGCUCGCCCGCCCGCCCGCCCGUGAGCGCGAGCGGCUGGAGCGAUGGGGCGGCGCGGGGGCGCGGCGGUGGCGGCGGCGUGCGGGCGGUGGUGCCUGGUGAUCCUGGCCGUGGCCUCCGCGCUCGGCGUCUCCGGGCCGGCCUUCUACUGGCGCUACAAGAAGGGCUUCGCCUCCUCCUCCUCCUCCUCCUCGGUCUCCGCUUCCGCUGCGGCCGUCGUCUCCCCCUCCUGCCCGCCCUGCAGCUGCGACUGCCCGCCGCCGCUCUCCCUCCAGUCCAUCGCCCCCGGGCUUGUCAACUUCUCAACUUCAGGUUGUGGCAAAAAUGACCCUGAACUUAGUAAAGAGAUGGAGAAGCAGUUUGUUGAUCUUCUUAAUGAGGAGCUCAAGCUGCAGCAGAUUGUAGCUGAGGAGCAUAGCCAUCACAUGAAUGCCACCCUUGUUGAAGCUAAAAGACAAGCUACUCAAUACCAGCGAGAGGCAGAGAAGUGUAACGCAGCCACAGAGACUUGCGAGGAAGCUAGGGAGCGGUCUGAAGCGGCAAUUUCGAAGGAAAAGAAACUCACAGCAUUAUGGGAGCAAAGAGCUCGCCAAUUGGGUUGGCAGGACUCUAGACCUAGAGUCACAACCAUUUGAUAGCUUGACAUGUCGUUGUAUUUCCUUUUUCUUCUACAGGUAAAAUUAUUUUUGGUAGCUGCUGGAUUGCAUCCUGCAGCCAAACCGAGCAGUGUUAAUUGUACGGCUCCACUUGUAAUGUAUGUCUAUGUAUUAUCAUCAGCUGUGCCAAGAGCAAGAAUAUCAUAGUUAAAUGUAACUAGUAUACAUUUACUCAAUGUUCGGAUUUAUUGUGACAUACCGGAGAUAUGCUGUGGAAUGUGGAUGACACACUUUGUUUAUGAUGCAAUGUA